UCAUCACAGUGCAGUGUGUAUACGCCGAUCGCUGCAGUAUACAGGGACUGAUUAGGGUAUUUAGCUGGAGCUGUGACACAGACACACGCUCACACACACAUGCCUUCUUACAUGCAUGCACUUGGAUGUCUCCAGACAUAUGUAUCCCCACAGACGCCACUUUACCUCACAUCUGAAGGGAAGAUGCUCAGCGGUGGAUUUAGAAGGUGAUUCAAUUGAUUUAUCCUCAUUAUAUCCUGCUUCUCUGCAACAUGGCCUUCUUGGUCUUUUUCCUUCUGCUCUUGCCAUUACCCCUUCCUACUAUAGGCUCCUCAACCAACUCUACCUCCUGUGGACCCACCGAUGAACAAAAUGGUGAAUGCAUAGAUGGGGUCCUGCUGCCCGCCUGGCUGCCUCACCCUCCCUCCACAGGAGACAGAGCAGCCCGAGCUAUUGUGUAUUUCGUGGCACUUGUCUAUAUGUUCCUGGGCAUGUCCAUUAUAGCUGAUCGUUUCAUGGCAUCCAUAGAGGUCAUAACAUCACAGGAACGUAGAGUAACUUUCCGGCGCCCGAAUGGAGAGGUGACAGUCACCAGUGUACGCUUAUGGAAUGAGACUGUUUCCAAUUUAACAUUGAUGGCCUUAGGUUCAUCAGCCCCGGAAAUAUUGCUUUCAAUCAUUGAGGUGGUUGGACGAGGGUUUGAAGCUGGGGAUAUGGGCCCUAGCACCAUUGUAGGCUCAGCAGCAUUUAACAUGUUUGUUAUUAUUGGCCUUUGUGUUUCAGUUGUCCCUGAUGGAGAGACCCGACGUAUCCGACACCCACGUGUCUUUGCAGUCACUGCAUUUUGGAGUGUUUUUGCCUAUGUAUGGCUUUUCCUGAUCCUGUCAUGGUCCUCACCUGGAGAAGUGGAGGUGUGGGAAGCUUUGCUUACAUUCCUAUUCUUCCCUCUGUGUGUUUUGCAAGCCUGGAUAGCUGAUAGGCGUCUUCUUUUCUACAAAUAUGCUGGACGUGGAAGGGAAGGUAGAGCAAAAUACAGGGCAGGCAAGAGCAGAGGAGUACUUGUGGGGGCAGAAGAUGCAGAAGUUCAAGAAGAGGCUGGAGAGUUAAGAUUGGCUGCAGGAGAAAGACUAACAGAUGAGGAGGAAGAAGAGGAGAGAAGGGAUAUGGCCAGAGUUUUUAAAGACAUGCGUCAAAGAUAUCCAGGAAAAGACAUGGAACAGUUGAUGGAGUUGGCCAAUUACCAAGCCCUUGUUCAACAACAGAAAAGCAGAGCAUUCUACAGGAUACAGGCCACCAGAAUGAUGAUAGGAGCAGGAAAUGUACUGAAGAAGCAUGCUGCAGACCAAGCUAGGAGAGCCUUGACAGAUGGAGGGACCAGAAGUGGAGAAGGGGGAGGGCGAGACGAUGAAGAACCCUGGACUGAGGUGGAAUUUGAACAUACACAUUAUCAGUGUUUUGAAAACUGUGGUACAGUUAGCCUCUGGGUGGUGUGUAGAAGGGCUGAAGGAGAGGGUGCAAUCCAAGUGGACUACAGGACAGAAGAUGGCACAGCCAAUGCAGGGUCUGAUUAUGAGCUGGCCGAAGGUACACUAAUCUUCCAACCUGGGGAAACCAGGAAGGAGUUGCGCUUGGGCAUUAUUGAUGAUGAUGUGUUUGAGGAGGAUGAGCAUUUCUAUGCACAAUUGAGCAACCCACGGAAAGCAAGAGGAGUAAAGGAGGGAGCUGGCAGGGUAAGACUGGGGAAUGGCUGGAGGGCCACAGUGACUAUUUUUGAUGAUGACCAUGCAGGCAUCUUCAGCUUUGAAUCAGGCAGCAUGAGGGUGAGUGAGAGUGUGGGCACAAUGAGGGUAAAAGUAGUAAGAGGAUCAGGUGCCCGAGGGAAAGUGGUGAUUCCCUACAAAACCAUGGAAGGCACAGCCAAGGCAGGAGAGGAUUAUCUCGAAGUGGCAGGAAAGGUCGAGUUCCAGAAUGAUGAGACCUCGAGACUCAUUGAAAUACAGGUUAUCGACGAUGAAGAAUAUGAGAAAAACAAAAACUUCUUCAUAGAACUGGGGGAGCCAGAAAUGCAGAGAGGAGAUUCUGGUGAAAAGUGGGUGCUGCCAACUGCUGGAGGAGGAGAAGUUGCUGGAAGUCCCAGUUUGGGGGAGCACCGUAAGAUGGAAAUCAUCAUAGAAGAGUCCUAUGAGUUUAAGAACACUGUGGAUAAGCUGAUUAAGAAAGCCAACCUGGCUCUUGUUGUUGGGAGCAGCAGCUGGAGGGAGCAGUUUGUGAGUGCAGUGACUGUCAGUGCUGGAGAUGAUGAUGAUGAUGAGAGCAGUGAGGAAGGGCUGCCCAGUUGCUGCGACUACAUCAUGCAUUUCCUGACCGUCUUCUGGAAGGUUCUCUUUGCUUUUGUGCCUCCCACUGAGUACUGGGGUGGAUGGGCCUGCUUCCUUGUUUCCAUCUGCAUCAUUGGGAUACUCACUGCUGUCACUGGGGACCUGGCCACUCACUUUGGCUGCACUGUGGGACUGAAGGACUCUGUCACUGCUGUGGUCUUUGUUGCUUUGGGAACAUCUGUACCAGACACUUUUGCAAGUAAAGUUGCGGCUGUGCAGGACCCCCACGCGGAUGCUUCCAUCGGUAAUGUGACAGGCAGUAACGCAGUGAAUGUUUUCCUGGGACUAGGUGUGGCAUGGAGUAUCGCUGCCAUAUACUGGGCUGGGAAAGGUCAGAAAUUCUAUGUGGUCCCUGGGAACCUUGCAUUCUCAGUCACCCUCUUCACAGGACUCUCCAUUAUCUGCCUCGUCAUUCUUCUCUAUAGAAGGCGCCCACCUAUUAGUGGGGAAUUGGGAGGCCCGCGGAUCCCUAAAAUCAUUACCUCACUCUUCUUCGUUGGGCUGUGGUUGGUGUACAUCCUGGUGGCAUCCCUGGAGGCUUAUUGUCACAUCCAUGGCUUCUGAUUCAUCGGCAGAAGUCGUCAUUGGAAUCUGUCUUCCAGGAGUCCUGGGGCAUAGCUAAUAUCUAGGGUUUUAAGGAAUGCUUCUGGGACAACUUAUUGUAUCUCUGGUGGCGCUGACAAAGUGUGUCUUCCCAAACUCCUACUGGGGCAAUAACUAAACUAACCCUCUAGGAAAACUUCUUAAGGCCCUAGACUGGUAGGCAAUUACAACUGUUCUGUAUUUUUAAUGGGAUAAUAAUACCCCAAUGAGGCAAUAAAUACCAUUUCCAUCUUCUGAACUCACCAGCCAUACAAGAGGCACAAAUACCGUUAGAGCUAUGGAGAGGAACAGGACAUCCAAGGAGUCCAAGGCCUUUCCCUACUACCUUAUUCUAUAACCGUUACUACAAACAGCACAAUAUAACACAAUGGGGCUUGCCUUGUCUUUUUCGGGUGUCUGCUCAUUCCAAGGACUUGUUGAUCAUUUUGGAGAUAGAUUUGCAAUUGUUAAAUUGGGUUCAUGUGUGGAAGAGAAAAGUGUCAUAGAAGACAGAAUAAAGGGGGAGGGUGAAUGAAUAAAAGUAGUAGAGGGGGUUGCAAAGUGGAGCUCUCAGGAGGGUAGGUAGAGAAGUUGAAGGGACCUUAGGGCCCCAGAUAAAUAGAGCUGUUACACAUGAAAAUGAUACAUGAAUGGGACAGUUCUGUUGCCACAAGCACAAACAGGUCAAGUAUGGGUGGAUUGAUGGGGUGAAAUGAAGAAUCUUGAAGGCAUUAGGGACAUGGGUGUUAGGGUCAGUGUGUGCGCUUGGUAAACAGGAUGAUUGGAAAGACUAAAGGAGGAGAAGAGAAGUCAGGCUGGGAGAAUGCUACUGCAGUAUGUAAGUCGGACACAGCUAGAAGGCACAAGGAUGAAAGGAGAUUAAAGAGAUGAAACAUACAAAUGGGAAUUUUUUUCACCACAUUAAGCUUAAAAAGAGCUUAUUUAAUGGAUGCCAUGACUACAGAACGACUUCAUGUUUAACAGCUGUCUAGUAUUUUGGCUAAAAUUUAUAGGCCAACACUUGAAAAAGAUACAAAUUAACACAGUAUUUUGUCUAUGUAUCUUUGUCAAGGACAAAGUUUCCCCCAUUUCCCAAUGUUGUUGUUGGUGUAGAGUCAGCAAUGCACACUGUGCUGUAGAAA